AUGCUGGCCUGUCUGCAGAGGACCCAGAACGCCCCCGGCCAACACCUGGCCUGCCCGACCAAGAGCCUGGAGCUGCGCAAGUGCGAGACGGUGGCCAGCUCCAUGCAUUCCUCCCGCUACCCGAGCCCGGCCGAGCUGGACGCCUACGCCGAGAAGGUGGCCAACAGCCCGCUCUCCAUCAAGAUCUUCCCCACCAACAUCCGCGUGCCCCAGCACAAGCACCUCAGCCGCACGGUCAACGGCUAUGACACCAGCGGCCAGCGCUACAGCCCCUACCCGCCGCACACGGCCGGCUACCAGGGCCUGCUGGCCAUCGUCAAGGCGGCCGUGUCCUCCUCCUCCGGCGCAGCCGCGCCCGCCGGGCCCGCCAAGAGCGUGCUCAAGAGCGCCGAAGGCAAGCGGACCAAGCUGUCGCCAGCCGCCGUGCAGGUGGGCGUUGCGCCCUACCCGGCGCCCAGCACUCUGGGGCCCCUGGCCUACCCCAAGCCGCCUGAGGCGCCCGCCCCGCCGCCCGGCCUGCCCGCGGCCGCGGCCCCCGCCGCCGCCGUCAUCCCCCUGCCCGGCCGCGGCCUGCCCCUGCCGCCCUCCAACCUGCCCUCCAUCCACAGCCUCCUCUACCAGCUCCACCAGCAGUGCCAGGCCCCCGGCGCCGCGCCCGCCGCCUGCCAGGCCGUGCCUGGGCCCCCGCCCAGCCCGGCCAAGCACGGCCCGGUGCCCGGCUUCCCCCGUGCCGCCUACUCGGCCACGGCCGGCCCGCCCGAGUGCCGGAAGGGCGCCGAGCUGGGCCAGGGGAGCACGCCGGCCGCCUUGACGUUGGCCGGGGCCGCCAAGCCCGCGGGCUACGCGGACGGCGGCCUGGAUUACCUGCUCUGGCCCCAGAAGCCGCCCCCGCCGCCGCCGCCCCCCCAGCCCCUGCGGGCCUACGGUGGCGGCGCGCUGGCCAGCAAGUCCCCCGAGGCCUGCGGGGGGCGGGCAUACGAGCGGGCCAGCGGGUCGCCCCUCAACUGCGGCGUGGGGCUGCCCGCCAGCUUCACCGUGGGCCAGUACUUCGCUGCCCCCUGGAACAGCGUGCUGGUGACCCCCACCAGCGACUGCUACAACCCCGCGGCUGCGGCGGCUGCGGCAGCAGCGGCGGCGGCGGCGGCGGCCGGGACCGAGCUGGGGCCAGGGGCGGCCCGGGAGCUGGCGGGGCCCCCGGCCGAGACCCUCUCGGGCCUGCCCAGCAAGAGCGUGUGCAACACGGCCGUGCUCAGCAGCAGCCUGCAGUCGCUGGAGUAUCUCAUCAACGACAUCCGGCCGCCCUGCAUCAAGGAGCGCAUGCUGGGCAAAGGCUACGAGACGGUGGCCGUGCCGCGGCUGCUCGACCACCAGCACGCCCACAUCCGCCUGCCGGUCUACAGAUAA